AAGAGGACGAAACGACCAACGGCCGCUGAGGGGAAAAUGUCUGCGGUGCCUGACGGAAAGAAACUGGUCCGGAGCCCCAGCGGCCUGCGGAUGGUGCCGGAGAACGGAGCCUUUAACAGCCCCUUCUCUCUGGACGAGCCGCAGUGGGUCCCCGAUAAAGAGUGCCAGAGAUGUAUGCAGUGUGACACCAAGUUCGACUUCAUCAGAAGAAAGCAUCACUGCCGGCGCUGCGGCCGCUGCUUCUGUGAUAAGUGCUGCAGUAAGAAGGUGGUGCUGCCUCGGAUGUGCUUCGUGGAUCCGGUGCGACAGUGUGCAGAGUGCAGCCUCGUCUCUCAGAAGGAGACGGAGUUCUACGACAAGCAGCUCAAAGUCCUGCUGGGAGGCGGAACCUUCGUCGUCACUUUGGAUACGUCAGAGAAAUCAGAGACUAUGACGUGUCGCCUCUCCAACAACCACAGGUACAUGUUCCUGGACGGUGAGAGUCACUUCGAGGUGGAGUUGUCUCGGAUCUCCAGCAUGCAGAUCCUAACAGACGGGACGAGUCCAGGAGAGAAUGACAUUCACACUUACACCAGUCUGCUGGACAGUCAGUGUAUCUCUGAAGGAGGAACCUCGCGGGCUAGCGGCAUGCUCCUCCACUACAAACCGAUGGGCUCUCAGGACGCUGAGCAGCUCCGCAUGGAGGCAGCAGACGAUAAGAAAGUGGCCUCGCUGUGGUUGGCUGCGAUGCACAAGGCGGCAAAACUUCUGUAUGAAGCUCGAGAUCAGUGAUGAAGACUGAAGCCAGAGGCAGCACACACCCAAGUGCUCUCUCUCUCUCCUUCUCUCUCUCUCUCUCUCCUUCUCUCUCUCUCUCUCUCUCUCUCUCUCUCUCUCUCUCUCUCUCUCUCUCUCUCUCUCUCUCUCUUUCUCUCUCCUUCUCUCUCUCUCUCUCUCUUUCUCUCUCCUUCUCUCUCUCUCUCUCUCUCUCCUUCUCUCUCUCUCUCUCCUUCUCUCUCUCUAACUCUCUCUCUCGGGGGGGGGGGGCUUCGGUAUCAUUUGGAUUUUUUUAUUAACGCCAGUUCUGAUUCCGCUUUUAUCCGUCUGAUCCGGUUUCCUCAUCCGUUCUCUUGAUACCAGUUUAUUCUUAUCAUGGUAAUUUUUUUGCAAUGAAAAGAAAUGUUUAUAGAAAGAAAGAAAGAAAAAAACAAACAAAAAAACAGACUUUAUUACCUCCUAUAACGAAUACUUUGUACAUCAUGUUUACCACAACCGCUGUCGGAUGGUUGUUGUAAUUAUUUUACACAUUUACAUCUCAGAGAGUUCUUUAAUCCUCUUUGAUUUAUGCAGCAUUAAUG